ACGAGAGGCCCCGUUCUGUUUCCAGUUUCUGCAUCUCCAAAUUCUUUCAUUGUCCAAAAACAAUCACAAACUCUUCCACCCAUUCCUUUCAGAAGACCAAGUGCUGGGCCACACCGAACAUAGCUUUUCUCAACGCUGUGGCAACCUGACUUCCAGCGCAUAUCUUCAUUUAUUUUAGUUCGACAUCACUGUCGCGGCCUUCGUCGCUGUGUUUCAGUGAUCGCCGCCCGCUCCCCCUCCCUUUCCCAUUACUCAAGCUCUAGCCGUUAACGGCAACCGACAAUCGCAACCAUGGCGGAACGCUAUAUCCCCGAGCAUCGUCGGACUCAGUUCAAGGCGAAGAGCACCUUCAAACCCGAGGAGCUCCGUCGCCGCCGCGAGGAGCAGCAGGUCGAGAUCCGCAAGGCGAAGCGUGAGGAGAACCUGGCCAAGCGCCGUGGUAUUGGCACUGGCGAUGACCGUCCGGGUGCUUCCUUGGGCGCUGCCCCCGAUAGCGACGAUGAGAACCCGCCGAGCGAGUCUCAGCUUAACGAGGACCUCCCCCAGAUGGUCGCUGGCGUCUUCUCAGAGCAGAUUGACCUGCAGAUUCAGGCGACAACAAAGUUCCGGAAACUCCUCAGCAAAGAGCGGAACCCUCCUAUCGAGGAGGUUAUCAAGACUGGCGUCGUGAGCCGUUUCGUCGAGUUCCUGCGGUCGCCCCAUACACUUGUCCAGUUCGAGGCUGCUUGGGCCCUCACCAACAUCGCCUCCGGCUCCGCCACACAGACCCAAGUGGUGAUCGAGGCCGGCGCUGUGCCCAUUUUUGUCGAACUUCUCAACAGCCCCGAGCCCGACGUCCGUGAGCAGGCCGUUUGGGCUCUUGGUAACAUUGCCGGGGACAGCCCGCAGUGCAGAGAUUAUGUAUUGAGCCAGGGCGCCCUGCGCCCCUUGCUGAACCUUCUUGGGGACAGCCGCAAGCUAAGCAUGCUUCGGAAUGCGACUUGGACCUUGAGCAACUUCUGCCGCGGAAAGACGCCCCAGCCAGACUGGAAUACGAUUCAGCCCGCCCUUCCGAUUCUCGCUAAGCUCGUGUAUUCUCUGGAUGAUGAGGUCUUGAUCGAUGCGUGCUGGGCCAUCUCAUACCUGUCCGACGGUUCGAACGACAAGAUCCAAGCCGUGAUCGAGGCGGGCAUCCCGCGCCGGCUGGUCGAGCUUCUCAUGCAUGCGUCAACCUCCGUUCAGACUCCCGCCCUCCGCUCUGUCGGCAACAUCGUUACCGGCGAUGAUGUACAAACUCAAGUCAUCAUCAACUGUGGCGCCUUGCCCUGCUUGCUCUCGCUGCUGAGCAGCAACAAGGAUGGGAUCCGUAAGGAGGCUUGCUGGACUAUCUCCAACAUUACGGCCGGGAACUCUGCACAGAUCCAGGCAGUCAUUGAUGCCAAUAUCAUCCCGCCGCUCAUCCACCUGCUCACCAACGGCGACCUGAAGACUCGCAAGGAGGCAUGCUGGGCAAUCAGCAACGCCACCUCGGGCGGUCUGCAGAAGCCUGAUCAGAUUCGGUACCUGGUCAACCAGGGCUGCAUUAGGCCGCUCUGUGACCUCCUUGCUUGCCCUGAUAACAAGAUCAUUCAGGUCGCGCUUGACGGUCUCGAGAACAUCCUCAAGGUUGGCGACCUCGACAAGCAGGCGUCUGGCGAGGGCUCCGACUCGAUCAACCGUUAUGCGCUGUUCAUCGAGGAGUGCGGCGGCAUGGAGAAGAUCCAUGACUGCCAGACCAAUGCCAACGAGGAGAUCUACAUGAAGGCCUACAACAUCAUCGAGAAGUACUUCUCAGAUGAGGAGGAGAACGCUGCUGAUGAUGCCAUGGGUCAGAACCAACAGUUUGGCUUUGGUGCCGCAAACGGCUCUCAGCAGGGCGGUUUCAACUUUGGUGGCAACGGCGCCGAGUCGAUGGACAUGUAAAGAAAUCCGGCCAAGGAAGGAUAUGACGGGUUGGGUGCUGAGGGGUGGGCUCGAUGCACUGUCGGCCUUGCUGUUAUCAUCGGCCUUCCUGGGAGCACCAUGCCCUCUUCCCUCACCCCAGCCAUGCAAUACUGG